AUGCGCUUGACUGGCGCAAUAUCCCUUUCGCUUCUCACAUUAACUCCUUUACUGGGGUCUGCUGCCGCAUGGAGCGAAUUUACCGAUGCAAACCUCGCUACGCAAUCCUACUCCCUCUUCGAUGAUCGGCCACCCGGAUGUCCCGAAUGUCCAGCUUGCUUCAACUGCCAGCUCGACAACUAUAACUGCACUCAUUUUGCGGAUUGCAACAACUUCAACGGCAAAUGCUCAUGCCCGCCCGGAUUUGGAGGCGACGACUGCUCAAUUCCCCUAUGCGGUUCGUUGGCUGACGACUUGAACCGACCGCAGCGUGAUUCCAAUACAUGUCAAUGCAAGGAUGGCUGGGAAGGCAUCAACUGCAAUGUCUGCAACUCGGACGAUGCCUGCAACGCGAUGAUGCCCGAAGGUCAGGGGGCGUUUGUUAUAAGCAAGCUCGACGGCCGCAAACCUCAAGUGACUUUUUCCUGCAAAGCUGAGGAUGACACAUGUAGCUUCCAAUUUUGGGUUGACCAGAAAGAGUCAUUCUAUUGCGGCCUAGACACUUGCGAGUGGAACACGGAAACAGACUACAACUCCAAUACAACUCACUACAAGUGCGAGCACCUUCAGUGCGAAUGUAUUCCGGGCCGUUUCCUCUGUGGCGAGAAUGGAUCAAUUGACCUGAGCGAUUUCCUUGAUCAACUGAUCAAGGGCCCGGCUACUUUCGAUACUAAAUCGACCCUGGAGGGUACCAAGAGCGUUUUCUCGGAGCCUCAGAUGAACGGAUUAAUUGCGGGCGUCUUCGGUGAUCCAAGUAUCUUCUUGUCAUGCGAUUCAGGAGAGUGCAUGUACAAGACUGACGAACCUGGAUACGAGCGCCCCGUGAAGAAAAUCAACACUCCACUCAUCGCCGGCGUGAUCGCGGGAACUUCACUCUUUGUGGUUGCGGUCAUUCUAAUCGUCUGGUAUAUGUCCCGUCGUGCUGCGCGCCGCGGUUAUAUUCGCUUGUCUCUCUCGGAUGAUUCGGACGACGAAUCUGCCAAACUCCUGGCAGACUAUCACCCCGCGGCUUUGUACUGGGAUAACGUUUCUUAUACACUAAACGAAAAAGAGAUUCUCUCUGGCAUUCAAGGUGCGUCCAUACCAGGCCAAAUUACAGCCAUUAUGGGAGCAUCUGGUGCUGGGAAAACUUCAUUCCUCGAUAUCCUAGCGCGAAAGAACAAACGUGGCUCAGUGAAGGGAAACUUUUAUGUCAACGGUGAAAAGAUUGAUGAUAAUGACUUCAGAACCAUGGUUGGCUUUGUCGACCAGGAAGACACAAUGCUUGCUACCUUGACAGUCCAUGAGACCAUCUUGACAAGCGCCCUACUCAGACUUCCCCGGGAUAUGAGCCGGGCAGCUAAAGAGCAGAGAGUCCUGGAGGUCGAAAAGCAACUUGGGAUCUAUCACAUCAAAGAUCAAUUGAUUGGCUCGGAAGAAGGCAAUGGUCGUGGCAUUUCCGGUGGAGAGAAGCGCCGAGUCGGGAUUGCUUGUGAGCUGGUUACCAGCCCUAGUAUCCUUUUCCUGGAUGAACCCACCAGUGGAUUGGAUGCCUACAAUGCAUUCAAUGUGGUUGAGUGUCUGGUGACGCUUGCUAAGACAUACAACCGCACUGUUAUCUUCACCAUCCACCAACCUCGCUCGAACAUUGUUGCUCUCUUUGACCGACUCAUCCUUCUUGCUGAUGGACGCACUGUUUAUUCCGGUCCUUUCUCAUCAUGCCAGCAGUAUUUCGACCGUGUGGGCUAUUCCUGUCCACCUGGAUUCAAUAUUGCAGAUUACCUUGUUGAUCUUACAAUGCACGCCGGAGGCGCACAUUCAUCAUAUACAGACGAAGUAGCAUUGUCUGUGGAUGGGCGCACUGGUCCAUCUAAGACCGCAUCAAGCAGUCUCAGAGCCGUCAAGUCUGUCACCAGCGCGUCGAUCCGGAGUAUUGAAGACAACUCAAGCGGCGCAGAGGCGACUCGGAGACCCAAAAGCAAACGCCAGGUGUCUCUGAAACAGCAGCAGGAUCGCCAACUUUACUCCCGAAAGCAACAUAAUGAGCGCCCAGUCACGCCAAAGACAGAUGACGAGAGUGCUACAUUGGAUGUAGCCGAUAAUCAUCAACAAUGGCUGCGUCUUUCUCGUCAACAAAGCAAUGUUCCUCCGCAAAUCCUCGAUGAUCCCGAUCAGCUCCCUCCUCCGGCAUCUGGACAAAGUGAUCUCGACAUUUUGGUGGCUAGCUAUGCGGAUUCUGACGUUUGCCAUUUUGUUCAUGAUGAGAUUCUAACCGCCGUUCAGAAUGCCCAGGCUGCGAACGGUUCACCAAAUUCGCCCAUAUUGUCGGAUACUGUGAUACAGUCUAAGGGCUAUGCCCGAGUUGGUCUGGUGCGGCAGUUCAUGAUCCUUUCUCAGCGGACAUGGCGCAACCUUUAUCGCAACCCGAUGUUGAUGCUCACACAUUACGCAAUUGCUAUUCUUCUCGCAGUUUUAUCUGGAUACCUCUUCUAUGGUCUCACUGACGAUAUCAAAGGCUUCCAGAAUCGUCUUGGUCUUUUCUUCUUCAUCUUGGCUUUGUUUGGUUUCAGUACUUUGACUAGUCUCAACGUGUUCUCCACGGAGCGGCUUCUGUUUGUACGUGAGCGUGCCAAUGGUUAUUACCAUCCGGUCACAUACUUUGCGUCCAAAGUCGUGUUUGAUAUCGUUCCUCUGAGGCUGAUUCCUCCCAUCAUCAUGGGUAUGAUUGUAUACCCCAUGACGGGUCUGAUUCCGGCAUGGCCUGAAUUUUUCCGCUUUUUGCUGGUUCUGGUCCUUUUCAAUCUCGCGGCAGCCAACAUUUGCCUCUUCAUCGGCAUCAUUUUCCGGGAUGGCGGAGUCGCCAAUCUUAUCGGCAGUUUGGUGAUGCUUUUCAGCUUGCUCUUCGCCGGUCUCCUGCUGAAUCACGAUGCGAUUCCUAAGUCAGCAUUGUGGUUGCAGACUCUGUCCAUCUUCCACUAUGGCUUCGAGGCCUUGAUCGUCAAUGAAGUGACUUACCUCACUUUGAUUGAUCACAAGUACGGCUUGGAUAUUGAAGUUCCCGGUGCCUCUAUCUUAAGCGCAUUCGGCUUUGACACCCAGGCCUACUGGAGCGAUGUUAUCGGGCUGGCUGUCAUUUCUGGGGCCUUCAUCAUCAUUGCAUACAGUGCAAUGCAUUUCCUACUUGUCGAGAAACGAUGA